AUUACCAGUGUAGAAGUGAAAACGGUGCUUCGGUGACGUAGCUGGCAGCGACAAAGAUGCUAGAUGCGUGAAGAAAAUAGGUCGCAUUUUCCAUUAGCGCAUGUGUGUAUACGUACGUUCCAUAGGUCCGAGUUAGGGACGAUACAAGGUCAAAUCUGAGGAAGAGUUUGAUUUGAUAAAAUGUGGAUCAGCGGGAGUUUUUUUCUGUUGCUUGUCGUUCUCAGCAGUGGACAUGGAGAACAGGAAAUUGCGGAUUUCAAGGAUACCGCUUCAUGUGGCAGGACGUAUCACCUUGAUAACAAUGCAUCUGUCAAGGUCAUCCGAAAGGAUGAGACAUCCGGGUUCUGUGGGUACCUAUUUCACGCCAUGACGGACGACAUGUACACGUGUCCGGAAGUAUGUGUGAAGGUAGAAGAGAGAUCUAUCAGCGAUUGUCACGCGAGAUUGACCUUAAACGGGAUCAAGUUCGUCACGACAGAGGCGCCACCUAAGGAGAUGACGUGUUUCGAGCGACUUCCAGACGAGAUGUGCUUUGAUACAAGUACUUUGAGAGUGGAGUUUAUCCGAGACCUUCAGUACCCUCAUGCAAAGCUCAACAUCAGUAUGGUUGUCUCUGCCAAGUGCAUCACCACGGCGGAGGCCAAACGGAGCCGUGAAGAAAACGAAGCAGCGACCCGGAAGAAACACAGCGAGGUGUCCUACCACAGUAUGGUGAAGGGCAUUGUGACUGGUGUAUGUCUGUGUUCUAUAUUUCUUCUGGUCCUCCUGCUCACAUGGUGCUACUACCAGAAUAGCUCUAACAGGGGAAAGCGUUACGACUACCCUUCAGCGAAAAUCAGCAAAAGACCAACAUUUGCGGGGUUCAAGGCAAGAAUGAACUUUAGAAAUAGUGGAAACGCUGCCGCAAAGUCGGAUGAACAACCCAGUGAGAGAUACACGGUAACAAACGAGACUUCGGCCAAGGCUAAGAAAGAAGAGGAUCUUCCUCUCAUAAAGACCAACAAGGAAGUAGAAGAGGACGGAGCAUGCGCAGAUGCAACAGAGAAUGCAUGCACAAAGGACGAACCCUGUUGUGAUCCAGAAAAAAACGAGACCUGCGCGCCAAGUGCACCGGAAACGCACUCUGCGCCGCCACCGGAAGUAGAUUAUGCACCUGCUACCAUUGAAACAACAUGUACAGAUGUUAGCUCAGGUGGCGAUGGUGGUAAUGGAGGUGGCGAUGGGGGUUAUGGAGGUAGUGAUGACUAGAUAUAAGGGUUAAAGUAGGUAAUCUGUUUGUCCAAUUUUAUGCAGUAAUAACUAUUAAAAUACUUUGAGGAAAUUUAAGAAAACCGCGCAUUAACAUGAGUUUUAAAUACUCAAUGUACCUUGACAAACUGUAGUAUGCCUAGAUCCUUACUGGUUUAUCAUUAUAACUUAUAUUUAUACAAGUAUCUCUGAAUACUCUGCCAUUCUAUUUCAAUUACUAACAAUAGCUGUGUAAUUUAGAAAGUGUUAUUAAGCAUCAUCUGCAAUCGUAUUCUCUGUUCCAAUUGUGUUCAACGAAAUGCGAUUGUUUUCGUUGAUAAAAACCACAUUUGCCAAUAUCAUCAUUAUUAAUCGUACUAAUUAUGAAUAUUCUUUUUAACACCAAUGUGUAUGUUGGGGAGGAAAUUUUAACAUUCAUCGUGUAGUUUUUGUGCACUGCAUUAGGAUGAUUUUAGUAUAAAAGAUUGUAUAAAUGAGAUUAUUAAGACAGUUGAUUAGUUGUUUUUUCUUUGUCUUAAUUUGUGUUUGAUCUGUUUUCCUCCUGUUCAAUCGUGAGUGCAUGUAGAUUAAAUGAUACCAUAUAAUUUUUAUAUAUAUUUUCAAAAGAAAAGUAUAAUUUCUGUCUUAAACUAUUUUCUUUAAAGGAUGACGAUAGAUAUUUCUUAAUUGAUAUUAAGAAAAAUACGUUUUUAGUAUUUCUUAUUUUUGUAAAAGAUAUGAUAUUUUGUAUGCAACAGAAAUUGCGACCCUUUGAUUCGAAGUACGUGUAUACUAUGCAUGAAUAAAGGGAGGCAACUGUGCUUAUUAUAACGACCAACAACCAAUUUUCAACCCCGAGUUGUCGUUCCUUGCACUCUCAAAGCUGCUGGUGAGUAACAUGGUUGAACAGAUCUGGAUGGUACGGAACUAUAUUUGGUAUUUCAGAAAGACAAGCGCAUCAGAACCAGGUUUGUGAGUACUGUAAUAUAUCGAGCUCAAAAUACACAGUUAUUAACAACAAGGAGAUGCUAUAUGCUUAUGGAAUAUUGUACCAUUUUCAAAACAAUCCGUGCCUUGUGCAGAAAUUUUAGAGAAAAAAAUAUUGAUAGUGAACUACUUAGCUUCGCACAUUGUACGUGCUAAAGAGUUCCUAGGUCCGUCUUAAACUACCAAAGCGACAGCCAGGAACGACAACUCUGAGCGUAGAUGUAAUUAGUAGAUUCACUUGUAUAGAACUUAAAGUUGUGCUUGUCUGUAUGUACGGCUGAAUGUUUUGUGUUAUCAGUGAGAAAUCGGACGUGGUGAUAUGUACUAAUGGGUUGAUCAGAAAAAUGUAUUUUUGUGUAUAUUUCUGUGGUAUCUUCUCCAUGUUCCCAUGGCAACUAUUCUGUGUAUAUUUGUAAGUAGAUGCAUUUUUGUACGCGACUUAACAUAUAGUCCUUAUCGUGCUGGAUCCCAUAAAUGUUUUGUUUAAGAAAAACACUU